UGCCUGUCUCUUGUCCUCUCCAUUUGUGUGGACCCUGUGCUCCAUCAUGUCUGUGACCGCCUGCCAGGGCCUGGGGUUUGUGGUUUCACUGAUCGGGUUUGCGGGCAUCAUUGCAGCCACUUGUAUGGACCAGUGGAGCACCCAGGACUUAUACAACAACCCAGUGACCGCUGUAUUCAACUACCAAGGGCUAUGGCGUUCCUGUGUCCGAGAGAGCUCUGGCUUCACCGAGUGCCGAGGCUACUUCACCCUGUUGGGGUUGCCAGCCAUGCUGCAAGCCGUACGAGCCCUGAUGAUCGUGGGCAUUGUGCUGGGGGUCAUCGGUAUCCUCGUGUCUGUCUUUGCCCUGAAGUGCAUUCGCAUUGGCAGCAUGGAUGACUCUGCCAAGGCCAAGAUGACUCUGACUUCUGGGAUCUUGUUCAUCAUCUCCGGAAUCUGUGCAAUCAUUGGUGUGUCUGUGUUUGCCAACAUGCUGGUGACCAACUUUUGGAUGUCCACAGCCAACAUGUACAGCGGCAUGGGUGGGAUGGUUCAGACCGUUCAGACCAGGUACACCUUUGGUGCUGCUCUGUUCGUGGGCUGGGUGGCUGGAGGCCUCACACUAAUUGGGGGCGUGAUGAUGUGCAUUGCCUGCCGUGGCCUGACUCCAGAUGACAGCAACUUCAAAGCUGUGUCUUACCAUGCCUCAGGCCAAAAUGUUGCCUACAGGCCUGGAGGCUUUAAGGCCAGCACUGGCUUUGGGUCCAACACCAGAAACAAGAAGAUAUACGAUGGGGGUGCCCGUACAGAAGAUGAUGAACAAUCUCAUCCUACCAAGUACGACUAUGUGUAGUGCUCUAAGAACCCCCCAACACGUGUGCAGAAGAAACCCUUCCCCAAGAAGAGCUCACCCCAAAGCAAGGAGGUUCUACCUUGUUCCCUUGUUGCUUUUGACUGACAUCUGAAAGUUGGUAAAGCCUUAAUUUCACCCGUGGCGGGGGUUGGGGAGGUGGGGGUGGGGAACUAGGCAGUCGUGGCCACAUGUCUCUGUCUCUAAAUAGUCCAUCACAAAACAGCUGAGCUAUCAUUUAAUGAGUCAGAGGCCAUAACACUCACUUAUCCCAACCCUCUGCUUUUUACCAUAGACUUUUUCAUCUGGUGGUGAAACGUAAUUUGACGCACAGACUAACACCUUGAUGAUUUAGAGAAACUUUCUUUCCUUGUACUUAAUAAGCCUGUUGAUUAUCUAUUUCCUAGCUUGACCCCCUGCCCCAAGGGAAAUUUUAAAAGGAAAAAAUAGAUUAAAAGGCAUUAUUUCCUACUCAAUUUUGCCUUACCCACCCCCUACUUGACUGAUAAUAAUAAUGAACACCAGUUCAAGAAAGAAUGCCAGAGGAAAGAGAAUUGUGUUCCCCCCAGCCUGUCCAUCUGCAUCCCCAUACAUGGUGAUCUAGAGCAUUAUUCGCCAUAGUGAUUUUCAAAGGAGGCAAACAAGCCUGUCUGCUUCUCGUGGCACCUGCUGAUUCCAGCAAGACCAUUCCAGAGCUUUCCCCUGAAAGUCCUCUUUCUCUCAGAAGUCAGAAAUUCUCCUUAGAAGAGUAAGAAAUAGAUUUUCUUGUGGUAACCUGAGUCCUAUGUAUAGUUAUAAUAAAUAGUAUAUUAGCAAAAUGGUUUGAUAUCUCAGUGACUUAGUUUCACCCUUACAUAUAGAAAAAUCUGAAAAAAAAUCAUCCCUUGAUAUUGUCUAUGGUGUAAGAUCCUACAUAAAUCCAAACUUC